UUAUUCCAAGCAUUCCCCUGUAUUUUUGAAAUUUGAACACGUGCCGCGAGACAGCGCUGCAGCAGGCCUGAGCCUCGCCACUACCUCGACUUCUGCUUCGCACAACCCGUUGAUGACCUCGACCUCAAACAUAUCCCGGUUUCGCCCAGGUGACAUACCCAAGCCAGAAGAUGGCUUAGCAGAGUGGGCGAACAAAAUCAAGGCCAUGCAGCAGCAAGUAGAUGCAGAUGAAGAGGUGGAACAGAGGAAGCUCGAACAGGAGAUCGCUGCUUCACGGCUAGCAAGGCAACGGAGAAGUAGGGGUACUGGCUACGGCAGUCGCCACAAUAGUACAGACUUGGCCAAGAACCAGGAUUAUAUUGCAUCUCUGAAGGACAGCACUCUGUCUGACGUCGACGAUAUGAAAUCCGUUGCAGAGCGCCAGCAGAGUCAGGCUGCCUCUCUACGCAAACUUAUCGGCAGUGGAACCGCCCCGAUUCAUGAACAAUCCGUCCCGUCUCCCUCUGCAUCUAAACAGUCAUUUCCUUCCUUUGCUCACAAAGCCGAGCCAAUUUCUUUGGCCGCUUUUAUGGGUGGACGGGCUACUGGUCCUAGACUCAAUAAGCACGCUCCCCAACAGGAUGCACAUGACCCGACGCAGUUUGAACAGCGAACCAAAAUUGAUGCACCCCAUCCAGUGUUCGGAAGUGGCGGAGUUGCCAUGCCUGGCAUGGUCCAUGUUGGGAAGAGUUCGCAGCGAUUCGUCUCUCCCAGUGACACGCGAACCUGGAAGCCCAGUACACCGUCUGCGCCAUCCCAGGUCAACGAGAGGCAACGUUCUAUGUCCCCUCAAAAGACCGGCAGUCGAGACCGUACAAUAAGCACACCGUCUCAUCCUGCAAAUAUCGUGAAGUCUCAAGUGGAGCGCACGCAGGAAAGGGAGCGUUCUGUGUCACCCCAGAAAUCUGCAAUCCGAGUUCGUACAGUCAGCACUCCAUCUCAACCUGCUGCUAGUGUAAAGUUCAAGGUUGAUCAGACUCACGAAAGGGAACGCUCUGUAUCGCCCCAGAAAACUGGAAGUCAAGAUCGCACGAUAAGUACAUCGUCUCGUUCUACCAAUAACGUCAAGUUCCAGGUGGAGCAGAUGCAGGAACGGGAACGGUCUGCGUCCCCCCAGAAGACUGGAAGUAGGGACCGUACAUUGAGUACACCCUCUGGUCUGUCGCACGUCGCAAGAGCUCGUGUCUCUUUGAACUCUGUCUCUUCCGCUCCGUCCUCGAGUACACCCAUACCAGAGAAAUUGUCAAGUACUCCUUCACGAUUACUGUCUUCUCCUCCACCACGUCCUUACUCAACAGGCCGACUCUCCACGCCUUCUUCCCCUUCCAUGAGGGCCGCGUUGGUUACCACGCCGUCAUUGGCCCGGCCGAUCCAACCAGCUCCGCGUCCGUCGUUGGGACCACAGAUACUCACAUCUUCGAGCCCAUCCCCUGCAUUCUUAAAGGCACCUGCCCCGAAAGACCCUACCCCAAGCAUAAGUAGGCUGCAAGGGCGGGGUUUCGUUCAGAACAUGGUGAAGGCCAGCCAAGAUUUGGGAGGUUCCACCUUCCCUCCACCUCUCGAAGCUCACCGCACAGGAAGCGGGCGGAAACCGUCAGUUCUUGACCGGUGGCAGCCUGAUAACAUAAGAGAAACAUCGCCUUCGGCGUCACCUCAAGCUCCCCCCAUGUGCAAAGCACGUACGGUGGGUCCUACAACGGGAGGAUUCGAAUCUAAGGCACUCAGGACUGUGCCCUCUCUGCCCUCUCUACGCACCCCUACAGCUUCUCCUCCUGCGCGAGUCGACCCUCCUCGAAAAGGUACUCCUGGUCUAGGCACACCGGGAGUGGGAUCUGCCACUACCAUGAUGAUUUUUCAACCUUCUUCAACGGAUGACAAGUCCGUUUCUUUCCCCGCUGUCGAUGAGAUUGGAGUGCAUCGUUCUGGAAGCAAGGAGGUGCCCGUCUUGUCCAGCAAGCCUCUGGUUCAUCCAACGAAAGAAAGAGCGAAGAAGCCGCGCAAAGUCAAAUCAUCAGGACCUACGGUAUCAGUUGAACUUGAAGAGCCUUCAAGUGUUAUAGAAGUUGUGCCUAGUGCAAGUUCCGCAGCAACCACUGUGCCUCUGCGAGCGAUUGAUAAAUCGGGAUCAGAUAUACUCGGUCCAUCACCUGAGAGCAAAGGGCGCCCCGUUUCUCCAAUGGCACGCUCUAAUGAUUUGCGAAUCACAGAUCGCUGGGCUAGUGAGACCGUCAUUGGUGUCAAAUCGGUUUCUCGUACCCCUUCAGUACCGGAGCCAAUCAAAAGGAUGGUGGGUCGUAAAGCUUUGCCUGGCCUGGCACCUACAGAAGUUAGUAUCGACACUAAGCCAAGUCUUCCAUCACCCCGUUACCCCAAUGAAGAUUUGACGUAUUUAGGACCUGCAUCAACAACCGUCGCAAUUCCUUCAUUAUCCAGCAGCCCCAAGUCACCUGUACCUUCCCGGCAUUCACGCAUUCCUAGUUCUGGGAAUAGGGCUACGAUUAUGGAUGUCGCUCAAGCCUUCAACAAAAGUACUUCCUCCGCCGAAGCCGAAAUGCCGGUGCCUCCUCUCCCCGCCGAGAUAAAUGAACAAUAUUCACCGAUUGCACACUCGAGGCUGAGUCCUCAACCCAUGUCUCCAGCAGAGAAGCGUAGAUCAAGUUAUGAAAAAUACUCAGCUAUUGCAAUGCCUCCUCUGAAAGAAGAAGCAACACCGAUUUCUUCUCCUGCAGGAACUCUUUCGCGGGGUAUUGUCGAAGAUGUCGUGGGGUUGGAAGGAAGAUUUGACUCCCGUGUUUGCAAUGAGGAAAAGUCGUGCCUAAACGAUAUCCCAAACGAUAUUGUACAGCUUCGUACUUUACUUGUGACAAAACCGUCGCCAAUGCGCCAAAAUCGAAGCAUUAAUACGAUAUCCGUCGACGUUUUGAGCAUAUCGGAUAGUUCUGCGACCGCCAUAACACAGGAUCUCAAUGUAUUUUAUGAUACUGAGGUCCUUGCUAUUGUCCAUCGUUCUAAAUCUAAGUUAAGUGGGCUUGCAUCGACGACAGUUUGGGCUUGGCAGGGGAAAGCAAGUCAGUUCAAAGAAAAAGAAGAACAGAAAUUGAAGGAACUUGGGUCUCGCUAUGGAUCGAAUUACAUCGUUAUUCCUCAAUAUGCAGAGCCUGCAGAGCUUCUGCAAGUACUGGAAAAUCAAUUAGCUAUCAGACAAGGCACUAGGGCUCAUUGGACCGCAGAGAAUACCACCAUGCAUGUUGUCCGUCAAAGCGGCGACAGCAUUCUCAUUGAUGAACUUGAUUUGAGUAUCAGAAAUCUAUGUUCUGGAUUUAGCUACUGCGUAUCUGUUCUCGAAACUAUCUAUGUUUGGCAUGGCUGCGGUUCACUUGCCAAAGAACGCCAGGCAGCAACCCGAUAUGCGAAAGGCUUGGGAUCGAAUGUCGUGGAGCUUUCCAAUGGUGAAGGCGAAGAUGAUGCUAUGUUUUGGAUGAUACUCGGAGAGGAUGAUUAUGCUCAAGCUGAUUACUGGAAGUGGAGGAGCUCCUCUCCUCAUAUCGAUCCUAGGAUCUGGCAUGUCAAAGCUACCCGCGGCGAAGAUGCGGUUUUGAGAAUAUCUUCCUUUAUACAGCAAUCCCCGAAAACAUCGGUGUUCGUAGUUGAUUGCGUUUGGGAACUCUUUGUGCUGGUUGGACAAGAUGCACGCAUACAAAGACAAAACAUCAGGCUGGCAAUCUCUGUCGCCCAGUCUUUAGCGAAACGGGUUGCUGAUGAUCGCCCUUACCUCCCGACAGUCCACGUCUUGAUCCUCCCUUCUCAAAUACCCUUGGAUCUUCGUUUACACUUCCGUGAUCUAGAUGAAGCAAGAUUCAAUGACAAUAAUAUACCAGACCAUAUGAACCUUCUGUCUGCGGAUGAAGCCCUAGUGCAUCUUCAAACCAAGGCAUGGCAAAAAAUCCUCCUCAGCAAUACGGCAAUGUUACCUCUCGGCAUCGAUUCAUCACUACUAGUGUCAUAGUGGCGCACAUGGACAUCGUUUAUGCUAUGCUAUGGAACUGAAAUUCUUUAUGUGUAUAAGUACUACGCUGCUCACGACAUCUUUC